CAAAAUUAGGAGGUAAAUUGUGAAAAAGCGAGGGAGCCGGAGGAGCCUGUUGUAAAUUGGGAAUUCUCCGGCGAGGGUUACAAAUUCCUGUAUCAAAUUCGACGGUUAUAAUCAAUCGUUAAAGCCACUACUCUUUUUCUAUCUCAUUCUUGUUGUAGCAUAAGUUAUAAAUCUUCGAUCUGUAAAUUAUUGAGUUCUGGGGUGGUCUUUUUUGUGAAAUCUUCUAGAUGUCUACACCGCCGAGGAAAUUUUGGACCGGCUGGUCACUGUCACCAUGGAGCGAACCGGCUGACAAGGGCAAAGGCGUUGCCUUUAUGGGUACUGCUCAGAAAAGUUUGACGAGCCAAGAUUAUGGAAACAUGGAUCAGGAAGCACUAAUUGGAGAGGUCUCCAAGCUUGAAAAUGAGCUUUUUUCCUACCAAUACAAUAUGGGCCUUCUACUGAUCGAAAAGAAGGAUUGGUCUUCUAAAUUUGAAGAAAUUAAGCAAGCCUUAGAAGAAGCAAAUGAUGCUUGUAGAAGAGAACAAGCAGCUCAUUCAAUUGCUAUAUCUGAAGUGGAGAAACGGGAAGAGAAUUUAAGGAAGGCACUGGGAGUCGAGAAGCAAUGUGUGCUAGAGCUUGAGAAGGAAUUGCGUGAGAUGCGCUCGGAGUAUGCAGAGACUAAAUAUACAGCUGAUUCAAAAUUGGCAGAGGCAAAUGCAUUGGCUGCUAGUGUUGAAGAGAAAUCAUUGGAGGUAGAAGCAAAGUUGCGUGUAGCGGAUGCUAAGCUUGCUGAGGUUAUCCAAAAGAGUUCUGCAGUAGAGAGGAAACUUAAUGAAGUUGAAGCUCAAGAAAAUGCGCUUCGAAGAGAACGGUCAUCUUUCAAUGCAGAGCGUGAAGCUUUUGGGACUUAUCUAUCCAGACAAAGAGAAGACUUGCAGGAAUGGGAAAGAAAAUUACAGGCUGGAGAGGAGAGGUUGGCUGAUGGCCGAAGAUUGCUUAACCAAAGAGAGCAGCGAGCCAAUGACACUGAUAGAUUUUUGAUGCAAAAGCAGAAUGACCUUGAAGAUGACCAGAGGAAAAUUGACGCCGCUAACUCAGUUUUGAGGAAGAAAGAAGAUGAUAUGAGCAGCCGGAUAGCAAACCUUACUCAUAAGGAGAAGGAACUCGAGGAUGUGAGAAAGAGCCUGGAGAUAAAAGAGAGGGAGUUGCUUGAUCUACAGGAAAAGUUGAACUUUAAAGAGAGAGAGGGAAUUCAAAAUCUAAUGGAUGAACAUCGAAGUAUCCUGCAUUCUAAGGAAGAAGAGUUUGAAUUGGAACUGAGGCAAAGGCGGGCAUCACUUGAUGAGGAACUAAAAGGUAAGGUGCUUGAACUGGAAACGAAGGAAGCUGAAGUUGAUCACAUGGAAGAAAAGAUUAAGAAACGAGAACAAGCCUUUGAAAAGAAGCUGGAGAAAGUCAAGGAGAAGGAGAAGGAUCAUGAGUUGAAGUUAAAAUCAUUGAAGGAUAGGGAGAAGUCUUUGAAAACCGAGGAGAAAAUUUUGGAAACUGAAAGGAAGCAGAUAGUUUCUGAGAAGGAGAAUUUUCUAGCUCUGAAGGCUGAGCUUGAGAAUGUAAGAGCUGACAUUCAAAAGCAACAGGUAAAGAUCAGUGAGGAAACAGAACAACUUAAAGUAACUGAAGCUGAGAGAAUGGAACAUGUUCACCUACAAUCAGAACUGAAGCAGGAGAUAGACAAGUGUAGACUCCUCCAAGAAAAUCUAUUGAAGGAAGCUGAGGAUUUGAAGCAGGAAAAAGAAAGAUUUGAAAAAGAAUGGGAAGAACUGGAUGAGAAAAGAUCUGAGAUCAAGAUAGACUUGCAGGAACUUAAUGAACAGAGAAAGAAUUUCGAAAAACUGAAGCGCACUGAAGAGGAAAUGAUAAGCAAGGAGAAGCUGGAAACAGAAAAUUAUGUUCAGAGGGAGUUGGAAGCCCUUAGAGUGGCAAGAGAAACAUUUGAAGCUACCAUGGAUCAUGAGAAGUCAAUAUUAGCAGAGCAAACUCGAAGUGAAAAAAGCCAAAUGCUUCAUGCCUUUGAACGGCAAAAAAGAGAACUUGAAAGUGAUAUGCAGAGGAAGCAGGAGGAAAAGGAGUCUGCACUGCAUGUACGGGAGAAACUCUUUGAGGAAGAGAGGCAGAGGGAGCUCAGCAAUAUUGAGUAUUUGAAGGAAGUCGCCCAUAGAGAAAUGGAAGAGAUGAAAUUAGAAAGAGUCAGUCUGGAGAAAGAAAAACAGGAAAUUUCUGCUAACAAGGGGCUUCUUGAAGUACAACAGUUAGAGAUGAAAAAGGAUAUUGAUGUGCUUGUUGGCUUAAGCAGGAAGUUGAAGGAUCAGAGAUUAGCUUUUAUUAAGGAAAGGGACAAGUUUAUUGCUUUUGUCAAGCAGCAGAAAAACUGCAGCUCAUGCGGAGAAGGAAUUCGUGUGAUUGAGUUUUCUGACCUUCAAGCUCUCGCUGAAGUGGAGAGUUUUGAGGCCCCUCCUCUGCCAGGUGUCGUGCAGGAAUAUCUAAACGAUGGUCAAAGAGGAUCAUUGGAAAGGACUAGUGAUGAGCUGUCCCCUGGUGCUCGUAAUACAGGAUCAAUGGUUUCUGGUGGAACCAUGUCCUGGCUUCGAAAGUGCACAUCUAAGAUUCUCAAAUUUUCACCUAGCAAAAAGAUUGAAAAUGCUUCUUCUCAUUGUCUGGUUGAUGGAUCUUCUGCAUCAGAGAAGUGUGCAGACAUAUCACCAAAUAAACUGUCAAACGAAGGAAAUCACACGGAUCUGGCUGUUUCCAUGAAUGUUCUUGAUGAUCAGAUGCUUCAACAAGGUGAUGGCAUUAGAGAGGUGGAAGUUGGCCAAGGAACUGUAGAAGACUCUCAUCAUGCCAGCGUGAAAGUUGGUCAGCGCAGACCUGUGAAGAAAGGACGUGGUAGAAGUAGUAAAUCAGCAAAAGCUACAGAUACAAGAACAGUUCUUGAAAUAGUUCCUAAGGAGGGUGAGAAUAUGCACGCCAAUGGAAGUUUGGAGACCUCAGUUAAUAUGAACGAGGAGAGCCAGAGAGAAUCAGGUCUUUUGGGUGGGGCACCAAGAAAUUCUAGAAAGCGUAGUCACUUGUCACAAGAAAUGGCUAGUGAGAUCGAUGGCAAUAAUAGUGAAGGACAGUCAGAUAGUGUAGCCAGCAGUCGCAGGAAGAGGAGACAACAGGUUGCCCCUGGUGUGCAGGCUCAUGCUGAAAGAAGAUACAAUCUCCGCCGACCUAGAAGUGCUGCACCAGCAACAGCCAAUGGAUCUUUGUCAGACCCAAUUUCAAAAUCUCAGGAAGAGAAUUGGAACUCUAACGCUUCCCUGGCAAAUCCUCUGGUUGACAACGGUGAAGAUGAUGGAAAAGAUAGAAAUUUUGCUGCUGGUCAUCCCACGGUAGCCGAGAGCCCUUUGAAUGAUACAGUAGACAAUCAGGAAGGCAGUGCUAACAUAGCAACUGAGCUGGUAGAUGAUACAGGUUUGAGUGAAGAGGUAAAUGAAACCCCAAAACAGCCUUCAGCUUAUGAUGUGAAUAGAGAUGAGGAUGGGUGUGAUGACAGUGACGGUGAUGAGGGUGAUGAGGGUGAAGAGAUUGAACAUCCCGGUGAAGUCUCUAUAGGGAAGAAGCUUUGGACUUUCAUCACGACAUAGUGGAAAUCUAAAUGACUCUGUAGUUUGGUUGCACUUUUGAGGAUAGCUUUCUUGCAUCUUGACUAGUAUUUUGUUUCUUUUGCCACUUGUAGAGUAGUUUUAACGCUUUCACGGUGAUGUGCAGUGUUGUGUAUCCUUCUCAAAAUGUAGUCAGUAGGAAUCAGUUUAGGGUUGGAAUUUGAUUGUUUAAAUGAUGGUCCGAGUCGGGGUGCAUUCAUAUUGGUUUAACGAUUCUUAGUAUCCAUAUGCAUGAUGUCCCUAAGUUAACCAUUACAGCUGUAACACUAGAGUGCGCUUCCCUGUAUCUAUACCAUUGAAAUUCAAAUACUAAAUAAGUGGAUAGUUUUCUUCUGUCUA